UUGAAGCAGUUGCCCGUUUUAUCCCACUUUUCAUUUCGCAAUCCCGUGCGCGUAUGCUCGCCUUCUUCUUCAGAGCAAGUUCGCGCUCACCCCGCUCUCUCCCCGCGCCGACGAGAAGGUCUUCUUGAUCCCGGUUGAUCGUUCUCCUUUGAGAUGCUCCACAGCUCAAGCGCUCGCCUUCUCUCCACCCUCUUUUAACUAGAGACCGCUUAAUCUUGAGUGAACUGAACUUGGGUUUGGAAUCUAAAGGAAAGAGGAACACCCAAAGGGAUACGGUAACACGUCUCUGGAUAAGGACCUCUAUCGCUUUCCCCUUGUUGCACUUUGGGGGAAGAUUUUUUUCCCUUUCACUUGGUUUUUGUUAAUCCAGGUGGCCUUGUUCUGAAAGUGCAGGAGGAUUAUUCCACUCGAGCCGUUGUAGAGAGACAUCCCCCAGAAGGCUGUUUUCAUGUUCUCCAUCCAGGACGGUCUCCCGCGGGGAGCCUUGACCAUGAAAGAAGAGCCUCUCACGAGCGGCAUGACGCCGGUCCGCUCGUGGAUGCAGAGUGCCGGGAUACUAGAUGCCAACACAGCGGCGCAAAGUGGUGUGGGUUUGGCAAGAGCCCAUUAUGAGAAGCAGCCUCCCUCAAACCUUCGCAAGUCAAACUUCUUCCACUUCGUCCUGGCCCUUUAUGACCGACAGGGGCAGCCCGUUGAGAUCGAAAGAACCUCCUACGUGGACUUUGUGGAAAAGGACAAAGAAUACAAUGGCGAGAAGACCAACAACGGCAUCCACUACAGGCUACAGCUUCUUUACAGCAACGGCAUCAGGACAGAACAGGAUCUGUUUGUUCGGUUAAUAGACUCCAUGACUAAACAGCCAAUCCUUUAUGAAGGCCAAGACAAAAAUCCCGAGAUGUGUCGUGUUCUUCUCACCCAUGAGAUCAUGUGCAGCCGGUGUUGUGACAAGAAGAGCUGUGGGAACCGAAAUGAGACACCAUCCGAUCCUGUCAUCAUCGACAGAUUCUUCCUGAAAUUCUUCUUAAAGUGUAACCAAAACUGUUUGAAAAAUGCAGGGAACCCCAGAGACAUGAGGCGAUUUCAGGUGGUGGUGUCCACCACAGUGAAUGUAGAUGGCCAUGUCUUGGCCGUUUCAGACAACAUGUUUGUCCACAACAACUCCAAACACGGGCGGCGGGCCCGGCGCUUGGACCCCUCUGAAGCAGCCACUCCAUGCAUUAAGGCCAUCAGCCCCAGUGAGGGAUGGACGACUGGGGGGGCCACCGUCAUCAUCAUUGGGGACAACUUCUUCGACGGAUUGCAGGUGGUCUUUGGCACAAUGCUGGUUUGGAGUGAGCUCAUCACACCUCAUGCUAUCCGGGUGCAGACACCCCCAAGACACAUCCCUGGGGUCGUUGAGGUCACACUCUCCUACAAGUCCAAGCAAUUCUGCAAAGGAGCACCGGGACGCUUUGUCUACACAGCUUUAAAUGAGCCUACCAUAGACUACGGCUUCCAGAGGCUACAGAAGGUCAUCCCUCGUCACCCUGGAGACCCCGAAAGGUUACCUAAGGAGGUACUACUGAAGAGGGCCGCAGACCUGGUGGAGGCACUUUAUGGGAUGCCCCAUAACAAUCAGGAGAUCAUUUUGAAGCGUGCUGCAGACCUGACAGAGGCGCUGUACAGUGUGCCACGAAGCCAUAACCAGUUGCCCUCACUGACGGGCUCUAGUGCCCACUCAGGCAUGAUGGGAGUUAACUCUUUCAGCAGCCAACUCGCCGUCAACAUCUCUGAGGUCUCCCAGGCAGACCAAGGUUACUCUCGUAACUCAAACAGCGUUUCUCCUCGAGGCUAUGUGCCGAGCUCCACACCCCAGCAGUCUAACUACAACACCAUCACCUCCACCAUGAAUGGAUAUGGAGUAGCUGGCAUGACCAACCUGGGCGUCCCUGGAUCCCCCAGCUUCCUCAAUGGGUCCGCUGCCAACUCUCCUUAUGCAAUCACCCCAUCCAGCCCUCUGUUGGAACAUCAUGCCACCUCCUCUUCCUCCUCAUCUAUCCCUUCUUCCAUCCCUCUGUCUGUGGGCCCUUUCUCAUUCUCUCCUGUCCAUAUGAUCUCUGCAGUCAAACAGAAGAGCUUCGCGCCUGUCGUCCGGCCACAGACCUCCCCGUCCCCCACCUGCACCGGCACCAAUGGGAGCAGUCUACAGGCUAUGGCCGGUCUGAUUGUCCCUCCUAUGUGAAGAGGAACCUGAUCCUCCUCAAGGCUUCAUUGAGCCCACAACAAACUCAUUGGCUCACUAAACCUGUCUGACACUCUCUUUUCAAACAUUACCAAUCAUACGAGGAGCUGCCCAAAAAUAACAUCAACACCUGAACUGCUAAUAUAAAAAGGAAAUCAAGUUUUCCUGGACUGAAAAUAUCCCAUGUCCUGAAAUCUCAAUAGAUUGUUUUUGUUUAAACCUCUACAACUUCAUCCUUGCAAACUUUGAGAACGUUGCCCCUAACUGCAGUAGCAUUUUAUGCAGGAACCCAAGAAGCUGUCAGGAAAAGGAUAUCGGAGAUCAUUACGAUGGGAACUUGGAGCCCAGGUUUUGAUAUGGAAAGGGGCUACUACCCAUUACGGGGUUAUUCCUUGACCAUAUAGGGCUUCUUCGCACGUCCCCUUUGUUUAUUUCAUAUGUCUGUAUUUUUUCAACAGUGAGAGGCCAUAAAUCAAAGGAACAAUCUCACACACUCUGAUGGGACUGGGACUGUAAUGCCAAUAAAAAUGAUUCCUUCCUAUUUACGAAAUGUAAAGUCUUUGGUUUUUAACAUCAAUGUAAUUUUAUUUAACUUUUUUUUUCUAUCAUUCUUUUAACCAUCUGAGUAAAAUGGACAGCAGGUGACCUUAAUCAAAGUGGGAAACAAAUGAACCGAUUAAUGCACAAAAUGAUCCCAUAUGGAAAAACUCCUGCCAAGACAGUGAUAUUUAGUAAUCAUCAGACUUAUGGAUCAUUCAUAUUUAAACAUACUGUUUUUGUAUUUCCAGUGUAGUUCCAGGUGUGUGUAUAGGUAGAUUUAAGCCAGGAAUGCUUUCUGCAGUUUUAAUCACAUUUAGGUACCAGACUUAUUGUUGAACUUCUUAUUGUGCUUUUUUGUAUGUAUUUAUAACGUUUGUUUCAGGAUUCCUUCGGUGAGUUAGGCCUGAAUAAUAGUAACAAAUCUCAAUGUCAACACGUUUGAUGUCUUAAUACCUUUUAGAUAUUGUAAAAAGAGUGCAGAAUUAAAGGGGUGACACUUUUUUUGUAAAAACAAAAAUGUCAAUAAAUAAAAUAAAAAUAAGGUCCGAUAUGAACAGGACACCUGUUUUUUAACAGCAGGCUGCAAAGCUCUAACCCUUUUGUAAAAAAAAAAAGAACAAAAAAAAUUUCAGUUGUAUAUUUAAUGUUUUCUUUUUGCAAAAAGCAUUUGUGUUUGUUCUUCCUCUUGUCUUGUGUGUUUAUUGUGAUAUGUGUAUUUCCUAAUGCACUAUUUUUGUUGGGGUACUUACAAGAGCAAUGUAUCUUAGCAAGCAGAUGAAAAUAAUAAAAAAAAAUAUAAAAAGAAAUACAUAUAUAUAUAUAUACACAUAUGCACUAGUAUGUUUUCAGAUUGAUUGCUCUUUGCUUUGGUCAUGAUAACUAAAAUGACUAAUCGCUCAUCAUGUGAUUUCGUUGAUGUUUCUAAAUUUUUUUAAUAUUAUUUCUCGGUCCUUGAGAGGUUUAUUUUACAUUAGAUAUUUGUUGUUUCGCCACAUAUCGUUGGCUGGUGAAAAGUCAACACUUCUUUGCUGUCAAAUCUGUUGUGCUGAAAAGGACACCACAUGAUAACUGCAUUACAUUUUCCCAAAUGGAUCAUAUCAGAGAAGUUCAAACCUGUGGAGAAAUGCACAUGCGAUUAAUUGUGACGUGAAACAAUUCAUUGACAUCAGUGUUGCAGGUGGAGUGUUAUUGUUGUUGCACAACAUCACGCACAAUUUAUGCAAUCUGCACUUAAAUAAUGCAAGCAAAUUGCUAUCCACAUUUCAGUGGAAUAGUAGUGAACUCAAACAAAAGAAGGGGAUAUAAUGAUGCCUUAAUAUAGAAUAUGCUCCAACGAAAUGUAUAUCUUAAAUCACAAGUCAAAAUAAUAGGGACCAGAGUGAUGUACUUUGGCUCCAAUCUUAAGCAUGCUUGUGAUGUGAUAUAUUUAAAUACUUUUGAAACUGCAUUGUCUCAGUUGGGAAAAUGUGGAAAAUCAUUGCAAAAUAUUAUGUUGGUAAUCAUUACAGAUCGUUUCACUAUCACGAUGUCAGUUACUUGGUUAUAUUUAACACACCUACAUAUUGCUUAAUGUGACCACUUGGAUACAGUUAAAAACAGUAAUGUUAAUAUUCCAGUCAUGUUUUCUUUCCUGUUUUCCUGAAGAGAGUGAGUGAAUGUGUGAGCCUAUGUCUCCUAAGAUGAAAUGUGAAUUAAAUUGUGGUUUCUGAAAAGCUCUUUUAUUUCACACGUGACCUAAUUACUUUACAUUCAUCCUGGUGGGGUUUAGAAUUAAAUGCCGUAAAGGAAAUACAAUUUGACAGUGCCCUGUAGUACUUAAACAGCUGAAUUCAAUCUCAAAGUUCACAUAAAAACAGACUUCUCAGAAAUCCAGCCUGGCUGGAAACAUGCACACACACACAAACACACACUUCUAUCCAUUUCAUUAAAUUUCCUCAUAGCUUGUGAAAGUUUUUUUUGUUUUUUUUUUCAUAGACGUAGAGAGUUGGCUUCUGCUUUCUUUUUACAAAAACAGUUUUCUUUGGAAAUGUUGAACUCCAAGUGAAAUGGGGAAAGGUACUGCAUCUUAGUGAAAUAUGAAACAUUGUAUCAAAAUAUAUAUAAGCACAAUGUUUAAUUAAUUAAUGUCUUUAGAAUUCAGAUAAGGAGAUGCAUUCUAAUGUCCUCUCUCCCCUCUGACCAUGCUGUAAAUAAAUGCAUGUUUUUUUAUUUUCUUUUUUUCCUGUGAUCCCGUGCUUUUUGUACAGAAACAGAAAAAUAAAGAUUACAU